AUCAGUCGUGUCAAGGGAAUGUCAUUGGAUUUAGAAGAUAUUGGUGUUACUAUGGAUGAAGAAGACCACAUUCUUGCAAUCACAACCAGGCUUGAUAAGUCAUAUGAUUUAUGUAUUAUUUCACUCGACUCUACGUCUACUGUGGAUCUUACAUUCAACCAUGUCAUUGAUUGA